AUGUCUCUCCAAGACCACUACCCAAUCUCCUGCCCCUUCUGCACAAUCUCCACCUCCUACCCUGCCUCGCACUCUCCCAUCCCCAACUCCCCCGACCCCGAACGCAUAAGCCCGCAAUGCCACCUCCUCCUCAGCACCCCCCACGUCCUCGCCUUCCUCGACAUCCUGCCCAUAGCGCCCGGACACAUCCUCCUCACCACACGAAACCACUACGAGAAACUCGCAGACCUGCACACACCAUCUGAGCAGAGCAAAGAGGGUAGCGGAGAGGGGGGCAAGGAAGAGGGGAAAGAGACAGCAAGGCAGCUGGGCGAGUGGUUACCGAUCGUGUCGGCGGCGCUGGUGCGGGCGACGGGGAUCGAGGAUUGGAACGUCGUGCAGAAUAAUGGGGUGCGGGCGGCGCAGGUGGUGCCGCAUGUGCAUUUUCAUUUGAUUCCGCGGUAUCAGGAGGGCAGGAAAGAAGUCGCAAACAAAGGCAAUGUCGAUGUAGGCAUGCUGAAAAGCUGGCGGAUGUUCGGACGUGGAGCGAGAGAGGAGUUGGACGACGACGAAGGGGUAGACUUGGCAAGAGUGCUGAGGGAGAGUUUGCGGACAGUCAUAGGCGAAGAAACGAGAGAAGGGGGGAAAAGCAGGCUUUGA